AUGAAGAUUAAUGGGAGAUAUGUUGGUUCCUAUUCCGUUAAGAGAGCAUCCAUGUCUUCUUUCAAUCGCAAUGCUGGAGGUAUUUCUGAGCAUUUCUCUCCAAGGCCACUUCCUCUUACGCUACCCUUUUCUUGUAUCAGCGGCAAUUUUGGUGUUUUCUUGGCCCAUUUUCAUUCUGCUAGGAGAAUUCAGUCUCAGAAUGAUAAGGGAGUAUUUAAAUCUGGGUUUGCUGAUAGUAUUCACAAUCUUGAUGAUGCCGUGGGUUUGUAUAAGCAGAUGGUCCGGAUGAAGCCUCUGCCUUCUGUUAUUCAUUUCAACCAAUUGCUUGGCCGUGUGGUCAAGAUGAAGCAAUAUUCUGCUGCUAUUUCUAUUUACAAAGAUAUGUGCUUCUUGGGUGGUGUUGGUGUUGGUGUUGAUGAGUAUGCCAUGAACAUGGCCAUUAAUUGUUACUGCCUCUUAAAUAGGAUUGAUUGGGGCUUUUCUGUUUUGGGAUUUUUCUUCAAGCGUGGUUAUAUGCCCGAUGUUAUCACCUUUGCCACUUUACUUAAAGGGCUCUUUCGAGAAUACAAGAUUCUUGAGGCACAAGAGUUAUUCAGGAAGAUAAUAUGUGAAAAACUAUGUCAACCCAGUGAUAAAAUGUUUGCGACUGUAAUAGAUGGGCUGUGCAAGGUGGGGAACACUCGUGCAGCCAUUGAGUUUUUGAGGAUAAUGGAAAGAGGAAAGUGCAAGCCCGAUACCAUCGUGUACAGCACCAUCAUUGACAGCUUAUGCAACGAUAGGAUGGUGGAUGAAGCUCUUGCCCUUUUCUCUGAGAUGAUUGAUAAGGGCAUUCCCCCUUUUCUCAGACGCUAG